GUAUUAGAGUUAGAGGGGAGAGAGAGAGUAGUAUUAGAGUUAGAGGGGGGAGAGAGCGAGAGCUGCUGUAAUCCUCUGCCUAUAAAGCAGCGCAGCAGAGCGAGGCAGCCUCAGUGUGAAGGAUGGGAGAUCAAACGGCGCCGUGGUCCUCCGCUCUGAUGACAGAUGGAGCAUCCUUCGGUCUGAGCAGCAGCAGCACCCAGCAGGAUGACGCCUGGUCCCCUCGCCCUCUGCUGCCUCCCACUCCUCCUCCUCUCCGCUCUCUCUCUCACUCUCUCACAAGGUUAUUUAACGGUCUCCAUUGACCCCCUCCCUCACGUCGUCAUCGGAGACACGGUGACUCUGAAGUGUAACUUCCAAACGGAUGGGAACCUGCGAGAGAUCGUGUGGUUCCGGGUGAGCACGCAGGUGACUGAAGGAGGCAACGCAAAGCAGAAGAUUUUCACCUACGAUGCCAUGUACAACACCAGCUACUCUCACCUGGAGGACAACAAGAAACGGGAGGACCUGGUCUACAGGUCCACUGUACGUCUCCCCGAGGUGCAGAUGGAGGACGAUGGCCUGUACGAGUGUCACGUGGGGAUCUACGACCGGCGCUCCAGAGAUAAAGUGAUCCUCGCCUCCGGCAGCAUCAUCCUCACUGUCAUAGUGCCUCCAAAGUCUAUCUCUGUGGUGGCAGCCGACAGCCCGGCUCCUUUCAGCCGCUACGAGGCCCAGAACUUCUCUCUGGUCUGCAUUGUGACAGGAGCCAAGCCGGCCCCCGUGGUGUACUUUAAGCGGGAUGGGGAGCUUAUCGAUGUGGUUCCACCUGGCCAGUCUCCCUCUUCAAAAGGAGAACAAAACAAGAAACCAGGAAAGAGCCGGGGACGGAGCCGAGCGGGACUCCUGAGCUCUCAGAUCCACGUCAGCCGAGACCUGGACGACACCAAACUCCAGAAGUCCCCGUCCCCGCCCGAGAAGCAGGGCAAACCGGCCCGGCUCGGACAAGACGGACCCGAACCGGGCCGGGAGCAAGCGCCCCAGCCGGGCCCGGAGCAGACCACCGAGGUGAUCCCGGAGACGGUGGUGAGCUGGGAGUUUCCCCGCUGGGUCCAGAGCAGUGACCCACUAUACUACUUCCAGCACCGACAGCAGGCGGUGGGCGACGGCACCAUGGAGGUGAGAGCCAUGCUGACCUGGAGCCUGAACCCCCAGCUGGACAACGAGGCUCUGUUCAGCUGUGAGGUCAACCACCCGGCUCUGUCCAUGCCCAUGCAGGCCGAGGUCACACUGGCUGCUCCCAGAGGACCCAAGCUGUCCAUGACCCCCGAUCGAGCCACAGUGGGGGACACAGUGCGGAUCACAGUCCAGGGCUUCCAGCUCGGACCCUCAGCGAGCGAGGUGUUCCCUGAGCCCAUGUUCACCUGGACCAGAGUCGGGGGUCGUCUCCUGGAUGGCAGCGAGACUCAUGACGGACGAGAACUCGUCCUGGACAGAGUUCCUGCUGAGCUCAACGGCUCCAUGUUUCGCUGCACGGCCGAGAAUCCUCUGGGCUCCACGGACACACACACGCGCCUCAUAGUGUUCGAAAACCCAAGAUUAAAGAAAGGAAAAGAACGUUUUGUUGCCAUCGAUGCAGCCGUCAUUCAGCGCUCCCUCACAUUAACCUCCAUGUUGCUGCUGCUGAGCUUCACCUUUGAGCUGACGUGACCCGAGGCCCUGCUGCUCCACCUCCAACCUCCCACCUCCACUUACCUGAGGAACCUGCUCUCCCCCCCCCCUGGCUGUAGCCUACGCUCCGAGCUGCUGAAACAUAAAGAGUGCUGCAGCGCUUUACAUUUAGAAAGAGGAGAUACAGCAUCAGACAGAACAAAAGGUCCAGAUGCCUCUCUACAUGCCGUCACACUGUGAGACUGCGCUGAUGGAUUACUAUAGCUCAAGUCACUGAUCACAAGGACAAGCUCGCACAGCGUCACACCGAAGGAGUUCUUUGAUGUAGAGUGUGUGAUUUCCCUUUUAAAUUGUCUGCAGAUUCCAGGGAAUAAUGGCACAGGAGAAUGCUGGUCCUGAAAGUCUGCUUAGCCAGCUCUCAUGCACAACUCCAGACUGGAUGAAUCAUCACUAGUGUGCUCAUUAUACGCCUCUCAAGAAGCUAUGAUUUAUACAUUCAAAAAACCCCCGCUCAACAUGACUUUAAUUAUAAAUCUCCUGACUAAAAGGUACCCAAAGUUUUGAAAUUGGAAUAACAAAAGGAAAAUACCUUUUUGUUGAGGAGUAACAUCCUUCUUUUCACCAGAAAUAGACUUUACAUCGCUGCCUUCAAAACCCCCGGACUCCACUGACAACAACAGAAAACGUAUGUUCCUGUUAGGGGAUGUUGUUCUUUACCUGCCGCCUCCAUCGCAUUGUUCAGGACGUCUCAAAGUGUGGCGCUCGCCCCCCUGUGGGGACACGGAGAGAUUUCAGGAGGGGGGAACAGGUAGUGUGCAGUGUUUCUCACCUAGGUGGGCCGCCCAGGUUUAUAUUUUCCACUCAUACGAUCGGCAUUUAAGACCAAUGAACUAGAAGGUGAUUGCUCUCCCUCGCUCUGUGUCCUUCAUACAUGUUGCAGGUGUGUUCACUCUGCAGGUGACCAGAGAGAGAAAGAGAGGGAUAGCCUCUGUUAAGGCUCUUUGAAUGUUUGAUUUGUAGCAGUGCAACGUCUGUUUUGCUUUGUGCAGCUGCUUGUUGCCGAUGUGAUUCUGCUGUCUCACUUGGUUUUUCUUUAUUAUCCCAUAUGCUCUUUUUGUAAAGCGUCUCCAGAUAACACUUGUUAUGAAUUGGCAGUAUACAAAUGAUGAUUGAUUAAUUGAUUGAUUCUGCUAGGUAAAAAUGUUGUUUUUGUCAAUGGAGUCUGGUGGUUUGGAACAGAGCAUUUUGAAAGGUGUUUCUGUUUUUUUAAAAAGGUCCUCACUCUUAAAGCUCCCAAAUUAUGCAAAAAACACUUCACCAUGUUCCUCUAACUCUAAUAUGUGUCUCUAGUCUGUCUACAAACCCCCCAAUCAUGAGUAAA